UGCACCACAACACCCGCAGACCCAGGAUGGUCCCCUGAUGUUUGACAAGCGGCAUUCUGCCCCACAGAUCACAGCAAACACAUCCUUCACUCAAUAAGAGACUGCACAACGACACAACAAAUACAACACUACCAUGGACUACGAGACCGCCGACGGAUCCCAAUUCUCCCUGCGAGAGGAAUGGUCCGACGAUGCAGAAUCACCACAAUUCCUUGGAACCCUCAUCACAGCCUUCGUAGAUGGCAACGCCUACGUCGGGAAGUCGACACACGGACUAGACGACCUAGACGAGCAGGAUGUCUUUGACCUUCUGGAGCCUGUUCCAUCGGAUAACAUUUUCCCCAUAUUCUCAGACGACCUCACGCAAGCGCCUCCGUUCGACACGGACGAGCACUACCUGAAAGCACCGCAAUUCACCUACGAGGAUCGACAGCCUGGGAGGACAUUCGUUGCGGACCGCAUGCGAAAUGAAGCGACGACUCUUCAAUUGCUGAGCGAGAAACCGCAUCCCAGCUUGGCGAAGUAUUAUGGCUGUGUGGUGAAGGAUGGGCGAGUCACGCAUCUGUCUUUGGCCAGAUACCAUUGUAACUUGGUGCAGCAUGUGCAGGUUGGGUUGAGCGAGGAAGACUGUGAUCAGAUUCUCGAGCAGCUCCGGAGCGGGCUUGAAUAUCUGCAUGGACUUGGGAUUGCCCACAACGAUAUCAAUCCCGAGAAUGUAUGCAUAGAUGCGAGCGGCCACGCGGUCAUCAUCGACUUUGAUUCUGCGGCGCCCUUCGGAGAGGCUCUG